AUGAACGUCGGCCGCGAUAUCAGCAUCUUGUCAGACCCGGCAUUGCUUGAAAAGGUCGAUAAGCUCCGCGACUUGAACAUUGGUCAACAUGUGCCUCUCCCUCAGCUUGUUGUAGUCGGAGAUCAAAGCUCUGGCAAAUCCUCUGUACUGGAAAGCCUCACCGGAAUUCCGUUUCCCAAGAACCAAAACCUUUGCACCCGCCACGCAACACAGAUCACAUCUCGGCGCGAUAGGCAGGACAGUGUCAUCAUACGCAUCAUUCCUGGGCCAAACGCAUCAGACGAGCAUAGGAAGCAUGUCGGGACAUUUCAGGUGUCGGGACUUUCAGGUUUGGAGUUCCGGCAACAAUUCGCGGACAUUCUACGGAAGGCGAAUGAUAGAAUGGGUCUGCGAGCCGAUGUCUCAGUCGGGAAUGGCUCUGUGUUCAGCGAAGACGUCCUCAAGAUUGAGGUAUAUGGGCCUCACGAGGACUAUCUCACCAUCAUUGAUGUUCCGGGAAUCUUCCGCACUACUACCCAAGGAACCACUAAAGACGACAUGAUCAUGGUGAAGGACCUCGUCACGAAGUAUAUCAAAGACGAACGAACCAUCAUCUUGGCGGUGUUGCCGAGUAAUGUCGACAUUGCCACGCAAGAGAUCUUGGAGAUUGCCGAAGAUUACGACAAGAAUGGUGAGCGUACUCUCGGAGUGCUCACUAAGCCCGACCUGGUACUUGAAUCUAGUGCACAGGCUGCCGUCUGUGACCUUGUUCAAGGCCAGAAACGCCCGCUCACUCUUGGCUACUUUCUUGUCCGCAACCGUGGAUCGGAUGGCGCCUCAAAGGAGCAGUCAGAGCUUGACCAGAUGUUCCGAAACCAGCCAUGGGCUGAUCUUCCACGGGAUCGAGUAGGCAUCCCGGCCCUCAAAGAGCAGCUUGCUUCGCUCUUGGUCGACAUUACCCGACGAGAGUAUCCUAAGCUGCUCCAAGAUGUCGGCAGUCAGAUUAAAGAGUGCAAGAGGGAACUGGACAGCCUUGGGCCUCCCCGCCAGGAUGAGCGCGAGCAACGCAGAUUUCUCUGCAACAUUGCUGGAACUUUUCAAAGUCGUGCCAGGGCAGCGUUGGCGGCCGAUUAUAACGCAGAUCCUGUUUUCGAUCAAGACGCUCUUCGUCUCAUCACGCACGUGGUUAACAUCACUGAUGUUUUCAGCGCCGAUUUUCAACAGGGUGCCCAUUCACGACACUUUCAGAGUCUUGAGCUGCUCCCACCAUCUGAUGACGAUUGUGAUGGGACUUCAGUCGAGCUGACGAUAGAUUACUUGCGAGAGCUACUUCAUCGUGCAAAACUGGACGAUGUUGCGCCAGCAGAGCUUGCCGAACUCGGCGACGUCAUUGAACUUCCGCGGGAAACACCAAUGCCGCAUGACGAUGUCACUUCAUGGAUCAGUAACAUCUACUUGCAGAAUAGGGGGCUUGACAUUGGCACCUUCAACGCAAACUUGGUUGCUACGGCUUUUGCAGAGCAGUCGCGCAAGUGGGCCGAAAUGACCAAGACCUAUAUGAGCAGAGUAAUCCUCACCAUCCACCGCUUUAUCGCCGCCGCAAUUCGUUCCGUCUGUCAGGAAGAGCAAGCCCGUUCCCAGUUGUGGUCCGCAAUCCUUGACAGCCUAGUCGAACGCUACAGGAUGGCAAUGGAUCAAGCGAAGCUAUUGGUCGAAGUCGAACAGCAUAAGCAACCUUACACCCUCAACCGACAGUUCGCCGAAGCUCUGUCAAAGGCUCGGGGCCACCGAAUCACUGAGUUGCUGCGUCCUAAGGCAAGAAAAGACACCAAGCAGUGGGGAGAGAUCCAGUAUAUGGUCAAUCUGGACGACAUUGCAAAAGCCGCUGAAGGCAAGAGCAAUAUGGAGCAACUGCAGGAAGAGAUCCAUGACAUUCUUCGCGCCUACUACAGACUGGCGCUUGACCGGUUCAUCGACAAUGUCUUUCAACUCGCUGUUGACUACUCCCUGUUGCAUGGCCCUUCCAGCCCUCUGAAAGUGUUCACUCAAGAGUGGGUGAUCAAUCUGGAGCCCGAGGAGCUGGAACGGAUCGUUGGCGAGACCAAAUCUGCCAAGAAGCGUCGCUCGAGACUUGCGAAGAAGAUCGAGGAUUUGUCUAGCGCUUUGAGGAUCCUCAAAAGCUAG